CAGCUCUCGGGUGCCUUACAAAUUGUGUGUAUCUUGCUCUCGAUGAAGGGAUAAAUUUUGAUAUUCAUUAUAUUAAUAUAAUAUAUACAAAAAUACUUAAUAUUCAAAAUAUAGAAUAAAUAAAAACCAAUAAUUUUUUAUAAUUUUAAAAACUUUCAUCUAUUUAUCACAAAAACUAAUGAAAGUGCUCGGUUCCAGCUACCACAACGUUUAACUAGUUUGUAAUGAAGUUUUUUCAAAAAAUAACAAAGAAAUAAAUCGUUAAUCAAGUUGUAAAAUUAUUCAUUUUUAUAAUUUCUGAAAAUAGAUGUAUGUAUAUACAUCAUAAAUAUACCUAUAUACAUUGUUAUAUAUAAAUAAAUGAUAAAUAUCAUCGAUCAUCAAUUUGAAAAGUGGGAAGUUUUUGGUUGUGUUUUACAAGUUUUCAUUUUUUUUUUUUUUCAUUCUCCAACAACGAUAACUUUUAUUUUCAUUGCCUCAUAUUGAAACGUGUUACUUAGUUUGAGAUAAAGAUAAACGUUAACUAGUGAGUUUACAAAAAAGUGACAAAGUUUUAAUUUUUUUUUCUACAUUGAACGACUUAAAAAAGUGAUAAAAUUUCGUGAUCUAAAAAAUAAUUUUUUUUAUAAAUCACAAUCAUAAUGUCUACUGUAGUAAUGAGCAGUGCAACAUAUGAAUGUAGUGACAACAUUUUCAAGAAUCCUGGAGGACAAACGAAAUCAAAGGAUUCAUCAAGUGGAAAUCAUCCACCGCUGAGACGUAGUUUUACUUCCCUAGUGACAUUGAUUGAGCAACAUCGUAAACUGGACAGAAGUGUUAGUGAACCAACAUCACGUUAUAAAACCGAACUUUGUCGUCCAUUUGAAGAAUCUGGUGCUUGUAAAUAUGGUGACAAGUGUCAGUUUGCUCAUGGUUAUAAUGAACUACGCAACUUAACUCGCCAUCCAAAAUAUAAAACUGAAUUAUGUCGCACAUUCCAUACUAUUGCACUUUGCCCUUAUGGUGCUCGUUGUCAUUUCAUUCAUAAUUUUGAAGAAGCAAGAAUUCAUAAUCAAAAAGUUAGUGCACAAUUGGGUAGUGCUCAGCCGAAUAUCAUGAGUUUGAAUCCAUUAUUGAGUGCCAGUGCAGCAGCAGCAGCAAAUAUUAAUAUGAAUAUUUCGUUGCUAGAGCACAUUACUGCUUCACCACAGACUAUUGUAGCAGUAACAAAUAACAAUAAUCAUCAUCAACUUCCUCCUUUUCCCCAUCAUCAUCACAACCUUCAUCGCUCUGCACCACUUAUAAGAACCAGCUCGUUGAGCAUUGGAACACAGCCAACAACCUUCAAUCCACCUCUCUUAAGAACAAAUUCUUUGAGUUUGACUACUCAUCAUCAUCAAACAGUACAUCAAAAUAUUCACAACAUUCAUCAAGCAACCUCUGUGAUUGGUAGUGCAAGGCCGAAACCAUUGAAUUUAAGUCCAACGUUUUCUCUCGGUAGUCAAGCUGAAUCAGUCUCAUCAUCUUCGAGUCUCAGUCAAUCGCCAACAAAUUCCAUGGCAAGUUUUUUCAGCGAUGAUUGUACAAAUAACAAUUUAACAACUGCGUUUAGCUUUGGUCAAGACAUUGGUUUACUUGCUGCCACUAGACAAACACCAAGUCCACUUGGUGUCAUCAGUUCUGUCUCCGAUGAACUUUCACCACGGACACCCUCACCUUUGUCACCAAAUGCUGAAUCGAGGCUACCUGUUUUUAACAGAAUCAGCAGCACCCUGGGUGACUUUGACAACCUCAAGAUCUAAAUUAUUCAUGUCGGUUCCCAUUAUUAUUUCUGAUUAUUAUUAUUAUUAUUAUUAUUAUUAUUAUUAUUAUUAUUAUUAUUAUUAUUAUUGUUAUUAUUAUAUUUUUAUUCUUUUGUUUAUGCCUCACUAAGUCUUAACCGCGACUUUUUUUGUUUCUUUAUUCUUUAAUUUUCAAUAAUUGAUCUUCCCAAAUGUCAAUUAUUAUCAAUUAACAUAUUUAAAAAUUUGAAGUAUGUAAAUGGUGAAUCGAUAAAAGAUUGAUAGUGUAAGUUCAAACAGUUGAAGUGAUUGUUUUUUUUUUUUUUAUUACUAUUUUAUUCGUGAUUUAUGCUACAAUUGCGAGCAGGUGAGACAUUGCAAUAUUCCAAAAUACUGAAUAUACUAGAUAUAGAUAAGAAAUUAU